AUGUUCACGAUUCAAGUUGACAAACUGUUCCAGCAAAUUAUAAAAAUGUUUUACCUGACUGGAAUAUGGCAAAGUGACAUUGAAUUGAACUCCCGUAAAAUGUGCAAGAAAUUGUUCUUCACCUGUUUCAGUGCUUUGUUCCCACUAUUUUUUGCCGUAAAUGUUUUUCUUUGCGCCGAUCGAAAUGAAUCCAUUUUCUCGGCACAGACUACAAUUGUGGCGACGGUUAUUUACGUGAAAUUUCUGUACCUUCUGUUCAAGAAACAAGAAAUUCUCGCAUUCUUAAACGAUCCGAUCGUUGUCCAUUCAAUCGGUAAUCGUGAACAAUACCAGCGAACGAACAAAAAGAUCAAGAAAUUUAUGAGAUUCGUGCGUCCGUAUUGUGUGGCAAUGUCUCUGACUACUGUUCUGCUCAUUACGAUAAAAUUGCCAAUAUUUUCUACAGAUAAAGGACUGCCGGCUUUUAUAAGCUUCUCGUGGAAUGAUUCAGAAAUCGUUUAUUGGGUUGCGUACUUGUUCGUGUCGCUGUCACAAGUGUUGUACUGCACCGCAAACUUUAUUACUGUGCUAAUUUGGUACAUUCUGUUGAAUUACUCGCUGGAGUACCAUUUGUUGGGAAAUGAAUUGAAAAACUUGGGAGUGACUACAAAGACAAAAACAAAUGAGGACGAGAAAAACGAAAAACAAAAGAAAGUCGGUAAAAACGCACGCAGCAAGAAGACCUCGGUACAAGAAAGCAAUAAAUUCAUCGAAAAUUUAAUUGUUUUGGUAAAAGCUCAUCGCAACCUAACCGAAACGAUCGAUCGAUUCCGGCUCUGUUUCUCGACAUUAUUUUUGGGUCAAAUCACGACCAGCAGCAUUAUCAUUUGUGCUUCAGUUUACAAUUUAGCCUUUGCUUCGAAGGAGAAUUUCGUUCAAACGCAAAUGUUUGCUGUGACAUUGCUCUACGGAAUCUUCGAUAUUUUUUUGGUCACGUACCUGGCUAACGACGUUACCAUUGCGAGUCAUCGACUAUCUUACUGCUUGUUUGAGUCAAAUUGGAUUGAUCAGACAGAAUCAUGCAAGAGAUAUGUUCUGAUCAUGGGCGAAGUGUUGAAGCAACCACAACAACUGGUGGUGUUGGUAUAUCCAAUGAACUUGGAAACUUUUGUGAAGAUUAUUAAUGGUACGUACAGCAUGUUCAACAUUUUAAAACAGUUUCAGUGA